GUUCGUGUGACACUGCCGAGUCCUCCAAUAUACUAUCUGCAUUGACAAUAAUUGCAUUUGUAAUCUCCAAUCAGAAACGCCGCAUUCUUACGCCCAGUUACAGUCGAUAUUGUCAUGGAGGUCUCAAAAGCGAUAUCGGAUCCCGAGCCAGGAUCGUUGAUGGUCGAGAAGAAGACAUCGUUCGAGUCACAACAAACAACAAGGGCGAUCGUUACCUUUGACAGCAAUGACCCAGAGAACCCCAACAAUUGGUCCAAGGCCAAGAAGAGAUUCGUGGUGUUUACUCUCACCUUGACGUUGUUCAACAGCACACUGUCUUCUUCUCUUCCAGCCAAUGCCAUGUCACCGAUGGCCGCUGAGUUCGGUAUAGACGACAAACGAGGGAACCCACAAUUGGCACUGCCCAUAUCACUCUUCCUGGUAGGAUAUGUCUUUGGACCACUCCUCUUUGGACCUCUUUCAGAGCUUCAAGGUCGUAAAUAUGUUCUUCAAGCGGCCUUCAUUGUUUACAUCUUGUUCACUCUUGCCUGCGCUCUAGCACCAAACUGGCCGUCGAUGCUGGUCUUCCGGCUCAUGGCAGGCAUUGUUGGCAGCUCACCAAGUACACUCGGCGGUGGUAUCAUCGCAGACAUGCACAGCGACUUGACCCAGCGGGGAAGAGCUCUUACAUAUUACUACACAGCGAGUAUCUGCGCGCCAUUGAUUGCUCCAACAAUAGCUGCCUACCUAGCACCGAUAUCAUGGCGAUGGGCUUACUGGUUCGGUCUCAUAUUUGCCGGUGUGACAAUCAUUCCGUUGGCAUUGUUACCAGAAACCUUUGGCCCUACCAUUCUUGCCCGGCGCGCGAAAAAGAUUCGGCGAUCUGCACUGAAGACUGGUCAGGGCAAUGUUGAGACGUAUGCCGCCAUCGAGCUGGAAGCCAAAGGCUGGCGCAACCUUAUGAGUGUCGUACUAAUUCGCCCCUUACAUAUGCUCUUCACCGAGCUGAUCGUCGCUGCGACGGCUACAUACAUCGCUCUAGCUUACAGUGUCUACUACAUGUUCUUUCAGACAUACCCUAUUGUCUUCAAGGGCAUCUAUAAAAUGUCAAACCAAACAAGCAGCUUCAUGUACUUGCCUAUUGCAGGAGGAAUCUGCCUUGGACUGGUCAUGUUCUUCCUAUGGGAUGCCUACUACAGACGCUGCAAAAAGGCUGGCCGAACCUGGGCACAGAAGAAUGAGUACAGCAGACUACCUUUAGCAUGCAUGGGCGGUCCUCUUCUGGCCAUCUCACUCUUCUGGGCUGGAUGGACUGCACGGUCCGAUAUUACCUGGGUAUCACCAAUGAUAGCAGGAAUUCCAUUCGGAGCUGCUCAGCUUCUGAUCAGUAUUGCCCUAACGACUUAUCUGGGCGAUUGCUACGGAGUGUACUCAGCAUCAGCCAUGGCGGCGGGAACGUGUCUGCGAAAUCUUGCAGGUGCUGGACUAUGUAUCGCCGCGGCGCCGAUGUACACCAAACUUGGUGUUGGAUGGGCUUCAACACUUCUUGGGGGCGUAAGCGUCUUGAUGUGUGCUAUUCCAUUUGUAUUCAUUCGGUACGGGGAUACUAUUCGACAGCGAAGUAAGUUCUAUCAGAGGCUAAAAGCAGAGAUGGAAUCGUCGCAGAGUGAAGCAGAGAGUGAUUGA